GAUUCUCCGUAGCAGUAGCAUCAAUCGACUAACGAGUCGCGUGUCGUUUUGUUUUUUGUUUUGUGAUUAAGUGCAACAAGUGGUUUCAACCGUUGGACCAUGCGGACAGUGAUGCUCGAGCGGUGUUGAGUCUGUUCGAAGUAACAUUUCAAGUGUAACAGAGUGCAUCGACCGUGGCGGGCCCAGUAACCGCAUCCAAUUGACCCGUACCCGUAGUGUUUGUGGCGUGUGCGUGAGUGCAUCUCGUGUUAUUCGAGGCGACUAAUUGAUUGACUAACGGCAGCACGAUGGCGGACGAGAGCCUUCACGUACCGGAUACCAACAUCGAUUUCCAUAUCGUCCAGCUGUUCGAGCGGCUGGAAACGCUACGCAAGGAACCGGGCCACAAACUGUCCCGGUCACUGCAGGGCCGCAUCAACAUGCACACCGAGCUGCGCAGCCUGGAGUUCUGGAGAUCGAUCACAUGCGAGUGUCUGGCAUCGUUCUUCUACGUGUUCAUCGUUUGCGGUGCUGCGGCCGGUGCCGGUGUCGGCGCGAGUGUCUCCUCCGUCCUGCUGGCCACCGCCCUGUCUUCCGGCUUCUCCAUGAUUGCCUUGACCCAGUGCUUCCUGCACAUCUCCGGAGCUCACGUUAAUCCGGCGGUGUCGAUCGGGAUGGUGGUAGCGCGCCAGAUAUCACCGCUCCGUGCCUUGCUGUACAUCGUGGCGCAAAGCGGUGGUUCGAUCGCCGGUGCUGCACUCCUCUACGGUGUCACCGUACCCGGGUAUCAGGGCAAUCUGCAGGCCGCCGUUUCCCACAGCUCGUCGCUGGCCGCCUGGGAGCGCUUCGGCGUCGAGUUCAUCCUGACGUUCAUCGUCGUCCUGGCCUACCUCAUCUCGACCACCUCGUUCAAGAAGUACUUCGGAUCGUCCGCCAUCGCCAUCGGGGCGGCCUACAGUGCCUGCAGUUUCGUAUCGAUGCCCUAUCUGAAUCCGGCCCGAUCGCUCGGACCAUCGUUCGUGCUGAACAAAUGGGACAACCACUGGGUGUACUGGCUGGGACCGAUGGUUGGCGGUGCCGUGUCCGGGCUGAUGCAUGAGUUCAUCUUCUCCUCGAAGCGCUCGCAAAACCGCUCGAAGGAUGACGUCAACUCUAGCCUCAACUCCGAGGAUGAUAUCAACUACGAUAUGGAUCUGGAGAAGCCCCAGCAUCAGCAGGGCAAGUACCAUCAGUAUCGACCACCGAGUGGAACGCUAACCGGGAGCCAGAACCGAUACUGCCAAAGUAUCUACACGGCCGAACCGACGUCGAAGGUCGAGCGUGUGGAAUCGAUCUAUGGUGGCACUAAGUCGAUGUACUGCAAGUCGCCCCCACUGACGCGUGCCAACCUGAACCGCUCGCAGUCGGUGUACGCUAAGAGCAACACUGCACUGAACCGUGACAUGCCGGUCCGUUCUGGACCGCUGGUGCCAGCGCAAAGCCUCUAUCCGCUACGUGUGACUGCGCCUCAGACACACCUCCAGAAUCAGAAUGUCCAGAACCAACUGCAGCAACGAUCGGACAGCAUUUACGGUAUUCGUAGCUCGAUGAGGCAACCGAUGCCUUCGGACAGAAUGCAGCAACAGCAACAGCAACAGCAGAUGCCACCACAUCCAACGCAAGUCGAUCCCCAGGGUUUCCAGCCAAUCUACGGAUCGCGCAACAAUCCCAACUGUUCCACCGACGCGCUCAACCGCGGUGACGAUACGAUGAACUCCAAGUACUCGCGCGGUGCCGGUGCCGGUCGUCCGGAAUCCAUGUACGGCGGUGGCCCAAGGCGCAUCCACUCGGCUCAGUCUGACGACAGCUCGUACGGCUCGUACCAUGGACCGGGGCCUGCCCUUACUCCACCGACACGCAACACCAGCAACAGUAGCAGCACCUUCAACCCAAAUCCAACUACCACAAUGACCUCGACCAUGCCGCAACAGCCUGCCUACGAACGGAAGAGCUCCUCCUCGUCUGCCUCUCAUCUGCAGCAACAGCAACAGCAGCAGCAACAAAAGCAACAGCAACAUCAGCAACAGCAACAACAACAGCAGCAGCAGCAGCAGCAGCAAAUGCAACAAACUCGCAAUCUCCAGAAUGUACCGAGCAUACAGAACACAAGUUUGCCGCCACCACCCCCACCGAUGCACCAUACGAUGCCCUACAAUAUGCAUCCAGUGCGACAGAACUAGGGGCCACCGGUGUCCUGUAAUCACUAGCUAGUUGCUCCAAGCUAACCCCUAGAGACGUUAACCGUCGAUCUUCCGUUACGCAGGAGCUAGAAUUUAAGUGCUGUUUGAGUGAGAUCAUUUGUGUGAGUGUGCGUGUGUGCUGCAUGUUUGUGUGUGUGUGGUUGCGUUUUUAGGGUAGACAAUUUAGUUAGGGGUGUUGACAGUCGUUGGUGAUCACAUUCCUGCGAUCGCCGAUGGCGUAAUCAUGGCGGCAAACUUUUCUUUGAAAACCCAGUGAGCUAUGAAUAGACGUGGAGCAAUCUUCGGCCCUCCCCUCCAUGGGAGCAUGCGAUCAGGUGGCCAACAGUAUUCAGUGUAAGCGGUCAGUUGGUCGAGUGACAUUCGAUAGCGCGAGUUCGUUUUCGUCUGUUCGUCUGAUCGAUGAUCCAAGAGGUUGAGGCGCGCAAAACAACCUAUAUUAACCUUUCCGUUGGGCAGCGCGAGCAGCAAACGGAAUUGCCAUAUGAUAUCAUAUAACUUCCAACCGCAUCGAGGCGGAGAAAGGACCUAAUUGGGGGCACGGCUAGUUUACUGUUUUUAAUUCCUCCACCCAAAUACCCAAAGUUCAGACUGAUCGAGUUACUGACGUAUGCAUGUAUGCUGCCUGCUUUGUGUCGGACUUUAGUACAAAUGUAAAUAGCUAGAUUUUGUAAUUUUCUUUUUUUUAUUUGUUAUUUUGAAAGUUUUCUCGGGUUUACAUCGAUAUCUUUAGAGGAGCAGCCAUAUCGUUUUCAAUAUCGUAUCAGUAGAUAGAACACCAAUAUCGCGGCAUUACAUUACCGAC